AUGGAGACAGCAGCCAACGGGGAGCUGCAGCAGCAGCAGAAGCAACAGCAAGAACAACAGCAGCAGCAAACGUUCACCUUCAUACGCAGCCUCCCGACACAGAAACCCAGCAGCAGCAGCAGCAGCAGCAGCAGCAGCAGCAGCAGCAGCAAAGGGAGGGUUGGGGGGUGCCGACUGCUGCUGGGUAAUUCUACAGACAUCCAAAUGGCGUCGAAGCAGAAAUUUCUGCUGCAGCGCAAACGAGCAGCGCCCUUUCAGCAGCAGCAGCAGCAGCAGCAACAGCAAGACAAUCACCAGCUGUUGCUGCAGCAAGAACAGCAGCAGCAGCAGCAGCAGCAGCAGCAGCAGCAGCCGAAUCAGGUGGGUGCCUCUCCUUCAGCUAAGAAGAGGCGCUCUUAUCUGGAGGGGCUUCGGAACCUGAUUGUGAGGCCCCGAAGGUCUGCUGCUGCUUCUGCUGCUGCUGCUGCUGCAGCAUCUCCAGGAGCAGCAGCAGGAGCAGGAACCGCUGCAGCAAACGGGGCUCCUGCUGCUGCAGACCCCGCCGAGGGCUUCGAACGAAUUAUAAUACCAAGGAGCCUCAAGACCCUCAUUUUUCAAGAGUUUCGAAGCAGCAGCAGCAGCAGCAGCAGUAGCAGCAGCAGCAGCAGCAGCAGCAGCAGCAGGAGCAGCAGCAGCAGCAGCUUGGAAGGGUUGGCCCUAGCGUCGCCUCCCGCGAAGAAGAAGCUUCUGCUGCCCACCGGCAUCAUCAGACGUGCAUGCAGCAGCAACAGCAGCAGUAGCAACAGCAGCAGCGAGUGCAGCAGUAGCAGCAGCAGCAGGCUUCAAUGGGGGCAUUCGUUGUCUUCUCUGGGAUCGUCUCCUCCCAGCUUCGAUCCCCAGCGGUCCCUGUCUACCCCCUCAGACGCAACAGAACUGCAGCAGCAGCAGCAGCAGCAGCAGCAACAGCAGCAGCAGGAUCUAGAAAAUAGGGGUUUGUUUGUGAGUGCUGCGGUGCAUGCACUUCCUCCAAAGGGCCCCAAAGGGGGUAUUCCUAAGAAGAAGGGGGGGGCCCCUGCUGCUGCCUGGAAGCCCCCAGCACCUCUACCUGCUGCACCAGCAGAUACAGAGCUGCUGUCUCCUUUAAAAGAAGAUACAAACCCUAAACUUAAGCAAGGUAUAUUCGCAAAAAAACAACAAACACUCGCACCCCCCAAGACUGUGGGGCCCCCGAAAGCAGAGGGGGCCCCUAAAGACGGGGGCCCCCCUAAGGAGGGGGGGGCCCCUAAAGAGGGGACCCCUACUAAAGAGGGGGGCCCCCCUAAAGAAGGGGCCCCCCCUAAGGAGGGGGUCCCCCCUAAGGAGGGGGGGCCCCCUAAGGAGGGGGGGGCCCCUAAAGAGGGGGGGGCCCCUAAAGAGGGGGCCCCUAAGGGCCCCCCUUCUCUUUCGAAGAAACCACCAGGGCCCCCAACUCCGCCUAAACCCCCAGGUGAAAUACCUAAGAAAGAGGGGCCCCCUAAAGUAGGGGGGCCCCCUAAAGAGGGGGCCCCCCCUAAAGAAGCGGGGCCCCCUAAAGAAGGGGGGGCCCCUAAAGAGGGGGGGCCCCCUAAAGAGGAGCCCCCUAAGGAGGGGCCCCCUAAGGAGGGGCCCCCUAAGGAGGGGCCCCCAAAGGAGGGGCCCCCAAAGGAGGGGGCCCCUAAAGAGGGGGGCCCCCCUAAAGAUGGGGGGCCCCCUAAAGAAGAGGGGCCCCCUAAAGAAGAGGGGCCCCCUAAGGAGGGGGGGGGGCCCCCUAAAGAGCCCCCCACAGUGAAGGGGCCUCCAAAGGAGACGCCAAAAGAUGUAUAUAAAAAAACAGCCGAGGGGGGGCCCCCUAAAGAACUUCAAAAACAAACACCUGCGAAGGCAGUACAUCGAAUUGUAAUUGGAAAAGGGGGUAAAGGAGCAAAAAUUACAGACGAAGAACCCGCAGACAAGCCGCAGCAUUUCUUGCUGACCCCUCAAGGCAGUGUUGCUUCUCUACCUCGAUGUAUUUUGCCCAUAGACAGGGCCCUGCUUCCGCGGAUCAAGAAGUGCAAGGCAGGGACAGAGACAGUGCCGGGCCUCGGCCCCCUCCCAAUUGUAAUUCUCCUCGAUGAAAAUAACGCCGAAGUCUGCAGACUUCCGUGGCAGGUUGUACGUACACCUCAAAACCCUAAACCCUAA